CCGUGGCCUACGGGGAGUUUUCAAAGCAGUGGGCUGGCAGUAAGCCGUCGGCUUUCACAGCGCGUGUUUCGCUGGUGUGUUGUAUAUCGGUUGCUGAACGUAGGUUGUGUUACGAUCGUUCUUCUAGAUUUCGAUAUUCAACGUUUUUCUUCUUCUAGGAUACAGCACGCGAUACGAUUUUCGAUUUUUUACGAUUUCUGAGUGCAGUCUCGUGAUAGGUGUUGUUGAUGUAGCAUCGAAACGUUUGACGUAACGUUGUUGAAUCUUGUAAUACUUUACGAGAAACAUUCGCGAGCUAAAGAGUAUAUACGCGUUGGUUGAAAUUAUUGGUAAUCGCGCGGGGUUGAAAGAUACAGAUUAGCUGUACAAUCGGCGUAGGACUUUGUCGAAAAUAGAGCUGGUGUAAAGAGGAAUGGUUUUCACGGAAAGUGACUGAAUAGUUGAACGAUUUAUCGGCUAAGAAGAAAAAGAGCGCGCGGCGAAAACCAUUUGAAGCCACUCAGUAAACACACAGUCUUCUCGAGUAGACGAAAGUUUAUGUUUGACGACAAAUAUCAAACGAAUCGGUUAAGAUCGCCAGCGCGUGCUUAGUGACGGGAGUCGUUGUAUUUAUCUUUGGACGUUAACGGUGCUGAAGUGAAAGAUAUCGGUUUUCUUUUGGGGAAAAGUCUGCUGUGAACCGUUGGGACUUAAUUUUCACCCUGGAAACUCGGUCAUGGCGGUUCUCGGAUUCGAAAAUCACGGAAUCUGAAACGUUUUCCCGGCUUCCUGGUAAAUUGGUUUUUCGUCGAGAUCUGAAGAUGACGACACCGGUCGAGCGGGGACUGCUUGUCUUGUCGCUCUUCAUUGCGAUCUGUCAGGGCAACGAACUUAAGGACUAUUGUUCUAAGCACAAAUUCGACAAUUUACCACCCGGUGGCCUCAGGUUUACGAAGGAGGUCGUGACAACAGAGUACGCGAACAUCGGAGCGUUCAAAGCGCUUCACUGUUGUCUACGAGGAUACAGGAGUAUCGAAUGGUACAAGGACAACAGGGCUUAUCCUUGGCCAGGUGGAGAGAGCCAUUUCAUCCUGUAUCCAGAGAGCGCGAACCAGACGAUUUACGCGCAGAAGGUGAGAAGCUCCGACGCGGGACGGUAUUCUUGUCAGGCGAGGAACGACACGACCAUCCUCGAAGGAGAUAUCACGCUCGCCGUCCUCGGGGAGAAGUCUGGCGGAUAUACCGGGAAACCAUUGCCAACGUACAGGCCGGCCUCGCAAUUGGUUCCCCUGGGAGGAGCGGCGAGAUUAUUUUGCGAGGCAUAUCUGGGAAAGGUCGAGCUUCCGGACGCGAAAAAUUCGGUAACCUGGUCGAAGAGCGACAGCAACGUCACGUUACCGAGUCACGGUAGAAUCGCCCAGCACAGCGUGUCCAGGGAAAACAAUCAGAUCAUCGGCUCUUACCUGGAAAUCGAGGACAUAACUCUGGAAGAUUACGGGGAGUACAAGUGCGAAGUUAGCAACGGCGUGGACGAGGAGAUCACGUUACCCGCUCACGUUUAUCGGCAAGAGCCACAGUUCGCGUUGGAAGUACAAAACGGAUCCUGGAGAAGGUCGUUUCUGGUAGGCGUGCUGGUGCUGGUUCUGCUGAUCUCGGUCGGCGCGUUUUACGCGCGCUGUUGGCUGCCUUUGGUGCUGCUCUGCCGGGACAAAUUCGCCCCUCUCGAGGAGAACGAUGGAAAGGAAUGCGACGCUCUGGUGUGCUACCACGAGAAAGACUCGAGCCUGGUCAUCGGUAUAGUGAUACCCACGUUGGAAUCGAGGCACCGGUACAAGUGCACGGCGCUGGAGCUCUCCCAGUUGAAUCAGAAUUGGGGUGUGGAGAUCGGGCCGCAUGCCGUUUCCAGUCGAAGAGUCAUCGUGGUGCUGAGCCCAGAGUCGCUAGGAAACGUUUGGAACGAAACGAACGUGGGGGUUGUCCUGAAUCAGCUGUCGUCGCUCACCACUCGAACGAUAGUCAUCAUCACCAAGAAUCUAUUGAACACGACCGCGAUCGCGAAACGAUCGAGUCGAGCUUACAACAACGUACGUGAAUACUCGCUCGAUCGUUUGAAGGUCUUGCAUUGGAACGACACCGGGAACUUAGGUUCCGGCAGCCACACAUUUUGGUACAAGCUGCGGCUCGCAAUGCCACCGAUUCGACCGAUCAGCUCCGAGAGCGGCUGCCAAUCGGUCGCCAUGAUCGUUCAGGCGAACGGAAAAUGCGGACAGCAGAAGGCUCGAUCGCGCGAAAGUCUCGAAGUUCUCGUUUAAAACGGAGGAAAGCGAAACGAUCGAACGAAGGAAACGACGUAAUGGAUCCUUACGUAGUAUAUACUUACAUAUACCUACGUAGUCUCUUCAUCCGUGUUUCUCUUCCUUUCGCUUUUGUACGAAAGCUGCGACAAAGCCAAGUUUCCGCGCGCUUGUCCAAGUAUCCAUGCGUUUCGCGCAGAAUCAGACGUUUGAAAACGCUCGUUCGCGUAGCGUAAUAAACGCGCACCACGUUAACGCCGUUUCCUCGCCGAAUCUCGCAAACAGCCGCAUCUACGGAACUGUAACUUUCAAAAAUGCAGCGGUUUCGAUGCCCGAGCAACCGAUGCACGACCUGUGUGUUGUCAUUCUAACUUGUGCUUUUUACGUUGCGACGUGCGCCUUGGACGCUCCUCGGCGUAUGUCUACAAGGAGAGCUACAGCGCGAUCCGAGUGUCUUUUAAUUUUACUUUGGCUGCAGACCGUAUUAUGUACGACGAGCGAAAUUCAUAAAUUUACUUAAACGUUCGCUGGUCGGAAGCGAAAAUUGAUUUUUUCGCGACAAAUUGCCACGGUCACGAGUAGGUUCAACCAUGUCGAAAGAUACGCGCACCACCCUCCAUCCAGUUUUAUCUUCUGCACGUGGAGCAGACGCGACGACUGAUCGCGAUCGGCGAAAUUCGAGGAAAGAGGAAUUCAGGCGAAGCGCGCAGUCUUCCUUUUCGCGCGAGCACGCGGCGCUUCGAGCGAAAAAAGAAAAAAAAAAAAGAAAGAAAGAAGUAAGAACGAAACGCGUUGGAGAAGUUACGAGAAAGAAUAACAGGACGGAGAAAGAAGCGAGUCCCUUGCUACUCGCGUAUAUAUACGUAAUCGCUUAUCGCGUACACUUCUCGUUUUCUCUGUUUGUAUAUAUCGGACAAAUCGGUGCUCUAUUGUCCUUAUUUAUUAUUUAGUUAAGUCAUCGUACUAUUUAUACAACGUUUAGAUUUUAGCGAUCUCCCUUGUAUCAGUAUCGAAAUCACGAAUUACGUAAAACUCGCGUCUACGUUUUCGGGCACACUUUUCUAAGCGGAUUUUACGCGCGGUUUUUAGCGAACAAAUUUACGCACGAUAAGACUAAUAAUGACAUAGAUAUUUUAUACUGGUUUGUACAUAUACAUAUAUAUGUAAAAGGAGGAAAAAGAUAAGUGCGUGUGUAGGUGCAUGCAUGCGCGUGCACGUGUAUGCGUGUGUACAUGUGUAUUAUAUGUGAGAUUCUUUUUUUUUCGCCGUUUUUUCAGAACUAUCGUUACGUCGAACGACUACAAGACACUUAGAAAGAUGUAUCUGCGAACGUAACGUCAAACGAUAAUCCUGUAAUUCUAAUACUAGAGUAACGAUUAUCUACAAUUAUACAAUAUACACACUCUACUAUACGAUAUACAUAUAGCCUAGCCGUUAUACCCGCGUAAUUGUACUUUAAAUGUUACGCACACGCGCAGAACCGCAACGUGAGCUUAAUUUUAAUAUCAUAGUAAUCUCUUUACUGUCAGUAUUACGAUACACUAGUGUACUUGUCUCGCGAGAAUGUGCCUGGGCGAUUGACUCGCAUCGCGGCCAAUUGUUGCGAGCCGAGUAUAAGCAGAGUAUAGACAUUAGGAGGUAUACUUGUUUAUUUAGCGAUAUAGAGAACAACAAAACGACGACUAUCCUCUAAUCGUUUGUUGUCGCGUUUCUUUCUUUUUCUUUUUUGGUAUAUUUACAUAUGUGUGUGCGUGCGUGCGUGUGUGUGUGUGUGUGUGUCGCAUUACGACGACAAACUGGUAACCGUUCUUACAAUUACCUAUGAAACAGAGCGGCGAAAAAUGUGUGUACUGUUGCUUCUCGUCUCCGUUUGAUGGCGUAUAUAUCGAACAGAAUCGACGAUACAAGGCUCUAUACGUACCAAAUAUCAGACGUCCGUUUCUCUUCGUGCUGACGUAAUUAAGAAGUAAACGGAAAUUGUUGUUCGAAAAUUCGAUAAUAAACAAAGAGUAUUUAUAUUUCCAGAAA